GGGCGGGACAGUGGCGUGGCUGAAGCUGGGCCCAGGGUCGGGGCAGAGCGAGCGGACGGGUGAGGGGCUCGGGAAGCUGAGAGCAGGAUGUUCCUGGUCGGACUGUCAGGUGGAAUUGCUUCAGGAAAGAGCACAGUAGUGGCAGUAUUCCGGGAACUGGGCUGUGCAGUGAUUGAUGCCGAUGUUAUUGCCAGACAGGUGGUUCAGCCCCGCUUCUUAGCCUAUCAGCAGAUAGUGCAUAACUUUGGAAGUGAAAUCCUCUUGGAGAGUGGGGAGAUAAACCGGGAGGCUCUGGGAAACAUUAUCUUCUCCCACCCGGAAAAACGGCAGCUGCUGAACGCCAUCACUCACCCUAAGAUCCAGAAAGAGAUGCUGAAACAGAUCUUUAAAUACUUUGUGCUAGGCUACCGCUAUGUGAUUCUGGACAUUCCUCUGCUGUUUGAGACCAACACACUAACCAAGUUCAUGAAACACACAGUCCUGGUUUACAGUGAUCCGCAGACACAGCUGUCACGACUGAUGAAGAGGAAUGGCCUGGCCCAGGCAGAGGCAGAAGCGCGCAUCGCCUCCCAGCUGCCGCUUGAUGAGAAGUGCAAAUUAGCUGACCACGUGAUUGACAACUCCGGGGACUGGGAGAGCACGCGGAGGGAGGUCCUGAGACUGCACUCUCAGCUGGAGGACUCUCUGGAUUUCCUCUUGGUGCGCUUAGUGGCAGUCACAGCAGUUGCUGGAAUUGGUGGGCUGGUGUGCUUUCUCCUCAGGCAUUUUCUCUCAUAAUUCACUUUUUUUAAGGGACCAAAACUCUGCCUGGAAUUUCAAGUUUGCAAAGGGCAGUGAAAGGUCAUGAGCCUUAAUGGCUUUGCCGUCUGAAUACAGACGACAAGAUGAGCAGAGUCUCCUUGUAAACUUCUCAAGGUGAAGCAUGGAUUCCUUGCCAAUGCACUGACUCAGCGUCUUUCUUUUACCUUUUUAGUCCUGUUAUUAAUGAUCAGCAACUGCUGCGGGGGAGGGGGAGCUGUAAUGGAUGGAGGCCCCCAGACAUUCGGGUAUGAAGUAAUUGCACAGUUAGGAUGGACAUAUUAAAACCAUGUUUUAGGCCAACUCAUUGACGUGCUAGUCUACAGGGUGAAAGGAAUCUUGCCUUCAAUUUAACCCCGGGUGGAAUAUGAUUACUUAACAUGUCUCACGGCAGUCUGGUUCAGGCGUGGGGAUCUGGACUACGGGGUUCUCUUCCCCCACUUCCCAGCAUCCUCAGCUCCCAAGAGCUGGCCCUAGAUGGUUCACUUUGACUCUAGACAAGUAAUUUCACUUCUGUUUCCUGGUUGUGAGAUUUAAUGAAUGUUUGCAAAGUGCCUUAAACCCCACCAAUGCAGGGCAUUGCAAAAUUGCAAGAGUUACUAUAAAACGUCGAUCUCAUGC